AUGCCCUGCUCAAUUCCAUCAAAGAAUCAUGCUUCCAUCUGGGAAGAUGCCNCCUUUCUUCAAGGAUCAACUCGCUUUGAGCCUCAAUCCGAGAUCAACAACAUCAUGAUCACAGGUGGUGCCGGUUUCAUCGCGUCAUGGGUUGUACGACACCUUACCAAAACCUACCAUGGCCACUACAACAUCAUCUCGUUCGAUAAAUUGGACUACUGUGCAACACUCAACAACACAGCACAAUUGGAAAAGGAGUCAAACUUCGCCUUUUACAAAGGAGACAUCACCAAACACGAGGAUGUUAUGGACUGCCUGCAAAAACAUGACAUCGAUACAGUCAUGCAUUUUGCCGCCCAGACGCAUGUUGAUUUGUCUUUUGGCAACUCAAACAAUUUCACUAGCACCAAUGUCGUCGGCACUCAUGUCCUUCUCGAGUGCGUCAAAUUGCAGGGAGUUCAAAAGUUUAUCCACGUAUCCACCGACGAAGUGUAUGGAGAAGUCAAGGAUGACGGAAAAGAUCUACUAGAAGACGCUCUCCUUCUCCCGACGAAUCCGUAUGCGGCAUCGAAGGCAGCCGCGGAGAUGUAUGUAGAGGCUUAUCGCAAGAGCUUCCAAGUCCCGGCUAUCGUUGUGCGUAGCAACAAUGUUUACGGACCGCACCAAUUCCCUGAGAAGGUCAUCCCCAAGUUUUCUAUGCUCUUGCAACGCAGUCAGAAACUGUCACUUCACGGCGAUGGGACACAUACCAGGAGAUAUCUCUAUGCUGGCGAUGCAGCUGAUGCGUUCGACACCAUACUCCACAAAGGUCGAGUUGGUCAUAUCUAUAACGUUGGCUCUUCGGACGAGAUUUCCAACUUCACACUUUGCUCCAUGCUGUUGGGAGAAUUCGAGCUUUCGAAUGAAACUAAAGACGAAGUCUACAAGCACGUAGUCCACUGCGAGGAUCGCCCUUUCAACGAUCAUCGAUACGCUGUAGAUGGCUCGAAACUCAAGCAACUGGGAUGGCAACAGAAGACGCCAUUCAAAGAAGGUCUUCGCACUACAGUCGACUGGUACAGAAAAUAUGGUGCAACAUGGUGGGGCGAUAUAUUAGACCGGCUCACUCCAUUCCCUACAGUACCGUCAGAAGAACAGAUUGAUCGGACAAGAGACGCAGAGCUGGCGAGCACUCCUAUCAGGCAGAAGAAGAACGGAAAGCGUGGAUUUGAUGAGGUCGAUGGAUCGCCAGACGUGAAAAGACGCAAAGAAAAGGAACACAUGGAUUCUGUUCUUGGUGCAGUCAAGGUAUGA